AUGGCGACUGAACUUCAGAGCGUAUUUGAGGUGGACGGUCACAAGCUGCACAGCACGACCUGGACGCCCCAAGGCACCAUCAGGGCUAAGCUCGUCUUUGUCCAUGGCUUCAGCGAUCACGUCGGCCGUUACUACGAGCUUUUCCCUUACCUUGCAGGUCGCGGCAUCCAGGUCUUUAGCUGGGACCAACGUGGAUGGGGCCGCAGCGCCGCGAAGCCCGCCGAUAGGGGCCUUACGGGCCCGACGUCGCGUGUGCUCGCUGACGUGGCUGCCUUCAUCCGUGAUAAGCUCUCGUCUUCGUCCUCGGCGGCCGUGAACGUGCCCUUGUUCGUCAUGGGUCACUCUAUGGGUGGCGGCGAGGUUCUUGCGCUGGCAAGCGACCCGCAGUACAACGACCUUGUCGCUCAAGUGCGCGGGUGGCUUCUGGAGAGCCCCUUCAUCGCCUUCACACCCGGCGAGGAGCCGAGCUUUCUGAAGGUGUUCUUUGGCAAAUUGGCGAGCCGCGUGUUGCCACGCCAGCAGCUCGUCAACGAAAUCCCUGCCGAUAAACUCACGCGCGAUCCGGCGGUGCAGCAGAGCAUCCGCGACGACGACAUGAUGCACAACACGGGUACGCUAGAAGGGCUCGCGGGGAUGCUCGAGAGGACGGACUCGCUGGCCAACGGUAAGCUGCGGCUCAGCCCAGAGGUCAGGAGCCUGUGGCUCGGCCACGGCACCGAGGACAAGACGACGUGCUUUCACGCCAGCAAGAAAUGGCUCGGCGCACAGAGCAUCGAUGACAGCACGCACAAGCCCUACGAGGGGGCGUACCAUCAACUGCACGCGGACUUGUGUAAGGACGAGUUCUUCAAAGAUGUCGGGGACUGGAUCUUGGAGAGGGCUGAGGAGGAGACUGCGGCAAAGCCUGAGGCCAAGUUGUAG